AUGUUCCGGGUGUCAAGUUUUUAUCAAGUUUUCUCAUUUUGUGAUGAAAAACUUUUACUCACUGUAUUCCAUUCAGUAAUCCUACUCGCAUGCCUCAUAUGGGGUGAGUCGCUGAACUACUACCACUCAAGGCUGUUCUGGAAUGUUGCUGAGCCGGAAUUUGAGGAUGCAAGAUCUCUGGGAAUUCUAAUCGUUGCGGAUCCCCAGCUGGUUGGAUUCAGGAACGAGAACCAUAUGAUGGGGCCGUUAACGAGAUGGGAUUGCGAUCGAUUCCUCUCAAAAGGAUUCUCCCAUGUCGUCUCAGCCACAAACCCUGAUUUGAUCAUUUUUCUUGGCGAUCUAUUUGAUGAAGGUGUUGAGGCCAGCGAUACGGAGAUAGACUGGACAGUCGACAGAUUCAAAGCCAUAUUUGACACGAAGAUCCCUGUGGGNCCUACUCCUUCCUUUUCCUAUUGA